GAUCUCUAUUAUUGCUAAACUAUCAUCCUCUUCUUCCUGUCUCAGCCUCCUAGAGUGCUAGAAUUACAGGCAUGAACUUUAUUCCUUGGUAGAGCAUCCUGAUUUUUAAAGCUCCAUUUCAACUUGUUGGUUUCAAUAUUUUCCCCCCUCUUAUUUGUCCAUCUAUCAGAAUGACUUCAUUUCCUGGUUUUGAGGAAACAGAAACAAUGGCUAUGGGGAGUGCUCCCUCAGAGACCCUAGAAAAGCAACAAAAAAAGUUGCUUAAAAUCCUCCAACAAGAUCCUGAUACUAUUUUAGAGAAGUUAACCUCUCAGAGGUUGAUUUCUGAGGAUGAGUAUGAGACAGACAGAGUUGUGGAUCCCCUGAAGAAAAGUCAGAGGCCAUUAAUUUUAGUACAGAAGAAGGGAGAGGUGAGCUGUCAGAAUUUUCUCUGAUGCUUAUUUAGUACUAUUCCAGAGUCUGCUGCCACUUGGGGCUUAAGUAAUGAAUUUUUAAAACAGAAUGUAACAGCUUUUCAGUCUGAGGAACUAAGCAAGAAUUCAGAAGAUAUUUCUUCUCCUGGAAAGAAAAAACCUGAGAAUCUUGAGAUCACUCUGUCCUCCAUAGAGAAAGAACACUUAAACUUGAAAAGCUCUGAGCUUUCCAGGGACAAGAACACGAGUCUUAGGCAAACUGUUUUGUUCUCCAGAAACAAUAGAAAGCAAACCACACCAAAAGUCACAUUACUAUAUUCAUUUGAGUAAGCUGAAUGUGAAAUUCCAGCAACUGUUACAUACUUGAGGGAUGGACAAAGAUAUGAGGAGCCAGGUGAUUCUUUAUACUUAAGCAAAGAGGAAUAUCAAGAAUAUUUUGGAUACUGUAAAGAUGCAGAGGAGGAAGAGGAAGAUUAUAAUGAUACAGAUCGCAUUGUAUAUAGUGGUGUAGAAGACUCUUUAAGUAUUAAAACCACAGGCUUCUCUGAUGAAGAACAGAAUUAUAAGGAUUUAGAAACCAACAUUUCACUGGAGGAGGAAGAGAAAUGUAUGGAAGAAAGAAAAAAAGUAUUUAAAGAUGUCCUGUGCUGUUUGAAUACGGAGAGAAGCAGAACGCUUCUGCCAGAUUUUGUUAAACAAUUUGCUUUAGACCGAGGAUACAGGUGGACACCUGAGACUCCAGGAGACUUGGGCUGGAAUUUGCUGAUGAAAGUUCAAGCACUGGAUAUGAUGGCCAGAGAUUCAAUCUUCAGGCACCAGAUUCUGGAUGAAAACAUCAAAGAGGAAUUACUGAUUGGAAUGGAAAACUUGGAAAUUCAAGACAUACAAAUCAUUCAUCCCCUCGAUGUCCUUUGUGUUUGCAUGCUAUGUUCAGAUAGCUCUUUUCGAUGUGAAGGGAUGCCAAAUAUGUAUCAGUGCCAAUUUGCUCUUCCUUUGCUACUUCCAGAUGCUGAAAAUAACAAAAGCAUCUUAAUGCUAGGGGCCAUGAAGGACAUUGUGAAGGAGAAGUCAACACAGUCCUCAAGAAGGCCCACAGGGAAUGCAAAACAGUUUCUGAGUCUGAAGAUGCCUGUUAUCUCUUUUGUGCGUCUGGGACACUGUAGCUUCUCCACGUCCAGAAUCCUCAACAUACUGCUUAGUCCUGCCCAAGAGGAAUCACACAAAAUCUUUCUCCAUCAGGAUUUUUCUGGUCUGGUGCUUCCUCAGCAAAUCUCUGAUGGCCUGGUUGAGAUAACAUGGUGUUUCCCUGAUGCUAAACAAAAGCCCUAAUUUUUCCCAAAGCCUUUGGCUAUGGCCAACCUUCAUGGAGAUCUUGAAAACUUAUAGACACAGUUUGAUUUUUUGAUAUAAGUUUCCUCAGCUGUAUUCUUUUUUACUGAGUGCUUAGGUGAGAAGGAAUGGGGCUUGAUAAUGUUUCUAGGAGAAGCUGCCAUUGAAAGAUGCUACUUUGUCCUCAGUCCCCAAGCCAGAAAGACUGAAGAGGCUCAGAUUUUCCAGAGGAUCCUGAAAUUGAAGCCAUCACAGCUACUCUUCUGGGAGGCAGAGGAACCUGGGAAUAGAAGGAACAUGGAGGGCUUCAAGGUGCCUUCCAGGAAGUGAUUGAUGUCUUCUUCACUCAGAAAUUUGUCUGUGGAGGACAUGGCCUCCCUCGCCAGGGAGUUGGGGAUUCAAAUGGACAAAGACUUUGAGAAUGCUCAAGGAAUGAAAGUUUCCUCUAGUGAAAAUACAUCUGGUACAGCUAAAGGUGAUGGACAACAAAGGCAUAGUUAGCCAAAAAGCUCAUCUGAAAGCCAAGCUCCAGGGAUAAUACCUACAAGGGAGUCCAGGGAUAGAUGUGAAGUCAGCCAUAAUUUUCAGAAUUUUCACCACACUCCAGCAUAAAUGCCUCAUCUACAAAAAUCCUCCCUCUUACCAAUUGAAGGAUUAACUGUGAAGGAUCCGAGCCUAACCUGGAUAAGAGCCAGUUCUGUCACGGGAAAGGGAGUGUGUACUUGGAAGAGCCCCUCUAUUCCGGCAACUUUGUGCAAGGGUGACAUCGUGUGGCAGCCAUCUCAGAAAACUAAUCCGCAGCUCCAGACCUCUCAGUCUAACCCCUCUCCAUCCAAAUCUACUCAGCCCUUAGCCAGGCAUGGUGGCGCACGCCUGUAAUCCCAGCAC